AUGGCAGACCCAGAACAAGCCAUGAAGGACAUCAGGUCCAUGGGAGAAUACAUAGAUGAUUCUGGAAAGUGUCACCUCUGUGCUGCAACCUGUUACAAGUGUACAGGACCAGAUGUGAAUCAGUGUCUUAGUUGUACGCCCACAAGGUACUUUGAUGAUGGCCAUUGUAUUAUUGUUUGCUCCAAGGGGAAGUUUCAGUUAAAUGGACAGUGUCACUUGUGCCACCACACAUGCAAACAAUGCAGUGGUGGAGAACCGUACAACUGCACAGCCUGUGACAAAGAUAAAUUUGGAAACAACCGCUACCUGUUCCAAGGAGAGUGCAAGGAAGCCUGCCCUCAGGGCUACUAUCCCUCUGCAGAGAAGAUCUGCCAGCAGUGCCCUGAUAAAUGUGAGGUGUGCGAGAGAGCUAAUGAAUGCUUAAAGUGUUCCUCAGACUACUAUCCAUCUGAUGGGAAAUGCAUAAAGCUGAAUUGCAAAGAAGGUGAAGUUGAAAACCCAGAAUAUGAAGAAUGCAUGGAAUGUGAGAAGGGAUGCAAAAAGUGCAUGUUAUCUGACCCAAGAUCCUGUUUGUCCUGUAAAGAAGGAUUUUACAUGUUUAAAACACGAUGCUUUGAAGGGUGUCCUGAAAAGACGUAUAAUGAUAACAAAACCAUGGAGUGCAGAGAAUGCCAUAAGAAUUGUGUCAGCUGUGAUGAAAAUCAGUGUCACUUGUGCGAGGAAGAUUUUUUCUUCUCAGAAAAUGAAUGUGUUGAAACAUGCAACAUGGGUUUCUAUGGUGAUGAAGAAAGUGAAGCAUGUCAGCCUUGUCAUCAGACCUGUAAAACCUGUGGAGGGCCCAACUUUGAUGACUGUGAGUCUUGCCCUGGAGAUCAAGAGCUUGUAAACAGAAAGUGUGGAGACCUGAUCAAAUCUUGCCCGAUUGGUAGCUUCUGGUCUGCUUAUCAGAAAUGUGAGAAGUGCAACCGCUUAUGUAAGACAUGUACUGCAGAAAAAAUAUGUACUUCCUGCAAAAAAGGAAGAUAUCUGACAGCACAUCAAUCCUGUGUUAUCACGUGCCCUGAGAAAACCUUUGCUAACCUAGAGAAUGGAAAGUGUGAGGUCUGUGCGCAGGGGUGUGCAGAAUGUUCCAAGGAGAAGAACAACUGUCAGAAGUGUCUCGACAUCCCAAAACACCCACUGUACUUGUAUGAGGGAAAAUGUUUAAGCAAAUGCCCAAGUGGAUAUUUUGAAGAUGCAGAAACCUGCACGAAGUGUAUCCCAGAAUGCAAAGCAUGCAAGUACGAUUCUACAAGAUGCCAAGCUUGUCAUCAGGAUUAUGUGCUUUACCAAAACCGCUGCAUGACAACCUGCCCUGACAAGUAUUUUUCAGAGGAAGGGCUCUGCAAGCGCUGCACACCAGGCUGCAAGAAGUGUGACAAGCACGGCAUCUGCAGUGAGUGCAACAACCACUUCUUCCUCCAUCUUAAAGUCUGUGUUGAUAAGUGCCCUGUAGAUUUUUAUGAAGACACUCAGUCACAAACUUGCAGCCGCUGCCACUCUGACUGUGCAGAAUGUGACGGCCCCGAUCCUGAUGAGUGUGUCAGUUGUGCUGAUUCCAGUGCAGUGCUGUACGGAGGACAGUGCUUCCAGGAAUGCCCCGACAGCACCUACCAUGACAUGGACACUGGCGAUUGUCAGGAUUGCGAUAGAACGUGUCAGACCUGUAAGGGUUCCUCUUCAUCUGAUUGCAUUACAUGCAUCAAAGGCAUGGUGAAGAAUAAGCAGGGGCAUUGCGUCACUCACUGGGACUGUCCCCUGAGCUCCUACCAGGACAAGAGUGGAGCCUGCAGGCUUUGUCACAAGUCCUGUCACCUCUGCACUGGACCUACACAGCACGAGUGUCUCAGCUGUACAGAGAGUCAUUAUCUACUGAAUAAUACCUGUCUCGUUCAAUGUCCUGAUGGAUACUACAAAGAUGAAGACGGGUGGCGCUGUGUUCCUUGUCACAGUUCUUGUGGGACUUGCAGUGGACAAUAUGAGUGCUCUAGGAGCUGUGAUACAGGAUAUUAUUUCAAUGCAUCCACAGAAGGUUGUUUAAGAUGUCAUCCAAACUGUAAAGUGUGUGUGGGGAGUGAGCACACAGACUGUGUGACCUGUCAGAGAAACUACUUCUUCCUGAGGGCCCAGGGAAGAUGCUAUUUCUCGUGUCCUGAGGGUUACUACAAAAACUCAGAUGAACACACUUGUGUUAGAUGUCAUCCAACUUGUAAAACUUGCAAAGAGAAAGGAGCUCUUAAAUGUGAUUCCUGCCACUCUGGCUUUCACAAUUCUAACGGAAUAUGUGUUUCCGAAUGUCUAACUGGGGAAUAUGCUGUCACUGAGGAUCCAGAGGUGGUGUGUAAGCCAUGUGAUGACAGCUGCAUUGAAUGCAAAGGAUCUGGACCUAACAACUGUACAGAGUGCCCUGCAAGUACAUUAAUUUCACUGGAGGAGGGUCGAUGUCUGUAUUGCUGUGACUCUCCCCUUCCCCAGCCUGUGGACUGCUGUAAUUGCACAGAGAGUAGAGAGGAGUGCAUUGUUCGGCCUCGCUUUAUUCUCAAGCAAAUGGAAUACACCGACAGACCAGCUCUGUUGAUCACAUCCUCCAUCUUGGUGAUCCUGUCCUUGGGAGGAGGCGUCUUCUUCUUUCUGAGAUCCAGAUCCAAGGCCCAACCCAAGGAGAAAUCUGGGUACGAGAAACUGGCCAACAGCUCCAAGCCCAUUUCUUCGUUCGAUCCCAAAAGGGCGAGUGUCGGCAGCAGCUACCGGCAGGAACACGUGAUAGAGUACCGUGACCGUGUGGAGAAGGAGGAGGAGGAGGAAGAUGAUGAGGAUGAAGACAUCGUGUACAUGGGGCAGGACGGCACAGUCUACCGCAAAUUUAAAUACGGACUGCUGGAGGACGAUGAUGAUGAGGAACUGGAAUAUGACGAUGAGAGUUAUUCAUUCAGAUAAUGAAACAGAUAUCAAAGUCAUUAUUGUUAUUUUGCUUCUGUUUUCCUCUGUUAAAAUAAUAGCAAUAAUAAUAAUAAUAAUAAUAAUAAUAAUAAUAAUAAUAAUAAUAAUAAUAAUAAUAAUAAUAAUAAUAAUGGAUCAUUGAUCAUUGUUUUUUUUAAUGCUCUGAUCGAUGUAUUGUAAUUUGAGUGUUUAUUGUUAUUAAGAUUAAUACAGUAUUCUUGCCUAUUUGAGGCUUCAUGAUUUAUAUCAGCACACCUGACCAGUAACAUCCAGGAUGAAAGUUUUAUGAACAGCAGCAACCUUUGGGUCCAUUACCAGAACACAGGGGAAAUAUCUGAAUUGUAGUGACAAUAAAGCUGUGGUUUAACAGAAACGCUAUUUACACAUUUGCUGUACAAAAUAAUAUUGUUGGGGCUGUAAAGUGGUAUAGAGAGUAAGAUUUCACAUACCUUGAUGUGUAUUGUCUUAUUAUUUACACUAAAAUAGUAUAAACGAUGCACCUGUCAUCAGUAUUUACACACAGCAGAGCUGUAAAUAGACACAGCCAUGAUAAGGGUUUAAUAAUCAAGGAUUGUAAAACAUGACACGGCAUGUUAUUUCCUUAUCUGUCACUAGAUGGUGUAGAAACUCUGGACAUGCAAGGCAGAGAAUGACUGUAAACACAAAUAUAAAUGUUACCUUGACCUGACACAGCUACGUUUGCAAUAUAGUUCAUGAAGCAUGGUCCAGAAACUCUCGGUCAUGCUUUGAUAUUUACUUCAUAGGAUUUCAGUAUGUUUUUAAAAAGGUAUCAAAUGUAAUUCCUGUUGGAUUGCUGACAUUAUAAAAAGAGCUAGUUAGAUGUUUCAAAUUGUUUUUGAAAUCGUACUGCCACACAUUCCCAGUUUCUAGCCCAGAUAACUGUGUUUAGUUAAGGAGGCAGUUAUUAAAAGUACAUACCAGAUCCCAAUGCAUAGCAGUUUGAGUCAUUCCAGGGUUUUACUAUAGUCUUAAUAAGACACACCUAACUGGUUACAUACAAUGUGGAUUAUCAGCCCAUACUGUAGGAAAAUCUAGAACUGCUAUUUUCAUCCCUGGUACAGUAUUCUUAAGUAAAUAAAUAAAUUAAUGGUUAGAUCUUUUUGCAACCGAAAUUUAAGUAGUAUACAAAUAGUGAAAAUUGAAAUCAUCUCAGUACCCUUCCUUUUCAAGACUUAAGCACUAAUGGCAGGAGAGAUCAGUCUUCCGAGUGGAUCAAAUCUGAAAACAAACUGGAGUCUUUAUACUCGUGAAGGAGACAGAUGUUUCCAAGAACACUUGAUGAGACUACAGUUUGUGGAUCUACUUUGUUAUACGUAAUUUAUAUGUCUUUAAGUCAUGUAAAGGUUGCAAUUGGGCACUUUUUGUAUUUUACACUUGUUUUGUUUAGAAUUGUUAGUUAUGAAUUGUUGUGCGUAUUUUGAAGCUCCCUGAUUGAUUUGUAAUUUAAUGAGAACAUGUUGAACGCUUGCUGCCAGGGUUUGUGAUAACAAUUUCAAUUGCUUAAUGUAUUUACGGAUUUGGUGUUAAUAAACAAUUACUUUGUAAAAAAAAAAUGUAAUAACAACAAUAAUAUUUAGUCAUUGUUUACC